AUGGCAGGCGGCGCCAUACUUCCCCUUAACGGAACAGACUUGUUCUACACGACCCAAGGCCCCGAGACGGGCAUUCCUCUCCUUCUUAUCCAUGGCUGGGCUUGCGACCAGACUGAUUGGGCCUUCCAAACGGCCUUGCUCGCCCUCUCACAGGCCUUUUUUGUCAUCGCCAUGGACUUACGUGGUCACGGCCGCACCUUCUGCCCCUCUUCAACUGUUGCCUUCGACCCCGUCACCAUGGCUGAAGACGGCGCUGCCCUGCUUCGAUACCUCGGCGUCGGCCUAAGCAACGAAGCAAUCGUCAUAGGUCAUAGCUUAGGUGGUCUUGUAGUCACUGAACUUGUGGCUGCGUAUCCAGAGUUGGUGCGAGGGCAUGUAUUGGUGGACCCAGCGUAUACUUUGACUCCGGAUACUAUAGGGGCGCUUAUCCCGGCUUUGGAACAGAACUUUGAUUCCACGACCGCCAAUUUCUUCAACGCCGCGUAUACAACGGGAACGCCGGAUUAUAUCCCAGAGUGGCAUAAGCUCAGGGCGUGGGGAGCCGACGAGGAAAUCAUGAUCGCUGCGUUCAAGCAGAUGGGAACGCGUCUAGGCCCCAGUGGAGCUGAGUAUUUGAAAUCGAAAAAGGUCGAGGGAACACCGAGGCUGGCCGUGCACUCAAUGGAAGCUGGAAUCGAAGUUGAGAAACGAGCCGGCAUUGAUCCCAAGUUUGACAAUGUUCAGCUGAUUCAGAUGGGCCAUUGGAUCAUGCAGACUGCACCAAAGGAGUUUAAUACCCUUCUAGAGGACUGGAUGAAGCAGUGGGGAUGGCUAAAGGGCAACAACACCUCAGGUUGUUAA